ACAGAUAUAUAAUAUUUUGGAUAGCUUGACAGAGCCGGUCUUCAUUCCUCUUCUUCUUCUUCUUUACUAUUCUUUGACUCUCUUCCAGGGGGAAAGAUUUUUCAAUGGAAGUCACAAACAAGUUUGUAACAAUAAAGCAUCACAUAGAUGGUUCACCACAAGAGUCUGACUUUGAGAUUAAUAUCGAAACACUCUCUCUCUCAGUUGAGCCUGGAUCAAAAGAUGUUAUUGUGAAGAAUCUCUAUGUAUCGAUCGAUCCAUACCAGUUAAACCGCAUGAAGACUUACAGUUCUUCACAAACAGCUACCAGUUUUUCAAGUUCCCUUACUCCGGGCCUGGCCAUCGAUACUCAUGGGGUAGGGAGAGUUGUGGCUUCUGGAAAUCCCAAUUUCGAAAAGGAUGAUUUGGUUGUGGGGCUUAUCAGCUGGGGAGAAUAUAGCAUAGUGAAAGAAGGUGUCAUCUUAAAUAAGUUGGAUCCAAUGGGCUUUCCAUUGUCUCACCAUGUUGGAGUUCUGGGAUUUAGUGGUCUUACAGCCUAUUGUGGGUUUUUCAAUGUGUGUAAACCAAAGAAGGGGGAAAAAGUCUUUGUAUCUGCUGCUUCUGGAUCAGUGGGAAAUUUGGUGGGACAGUAUGCAAAGUUAUUUGGCUGCUAUGUUGUUGGUAGUGCAGGCAGCAGAAAAAAGGUAGACAUGCUGAAAGAGAAGCUUGGCUUUGAUGAUGCAUUCAACUAUAGGGAAGAAACUGAUCUAAACUCAGCUCUGAAAAGGUACUUCCCUGAUGGGAUUGAUAUAUACUUUGACAAUGUGGGAGCAGAGAUGCUAGAAGCAGCAGUUACCAACAUGAACACAUUCGGCAGAGUCGCCGUCUGUGGAGUAAUCUCUGAGUAUACAGACAGUGGAAAACGAGCUGCACUCCACAUGGUCAACGUUGUGUACAAGAGAAUCACAAUUCAAGGGUUCUUAUGUGUUGAUCAUAUGACUGUGUUCGCAGAUUUCAUCACAACAACAACCGAUCACCUUCGCACUGGGAAAAUGCAGGCGCUCGAAGACAUUUCAGUUGGUCUUGAGAGUGUCCCAUCUGCUUUCAUCGGACUAUUUCGUGGUGAUAAUGUUGGGAAAAAGAUUGUUCAAGUUGGUGAAGACUGAGCCUCAUUUUUGAGAAAAUUCUAAUUUGCAAAUGUCAUUUUUCCUGGAAAAUGAGAUGUGAUUUUCCUGGCAUUGAUCAUACAACGGGUACCCAUGCAAUUUGAGUAAGUUUGUUUGGGGGAAGAGUAGCACCAUUAUUGUGUUAUGAACAAUAGUCUCAAGUAUAUCCACUCUUCUUUACCUAUCAAACCCUUAGAGAAGCUUUAAUUCGUUAUCAUUUAGCAGUUAAUCAAGGACAGCUUGUUGACAGUGAGUAUGCUCAAAAUCUGCUCGGUUGAAACUGUCGAGCUUAGAUUCAUGCUUAAACUCGGCUUGGUAAAAG